AUGCCUUUCACUCCCAUGAUCAUUGUCGUCAUUUCUGGAUUGACAACCCAUGCGCUCUUCAAUCGCAUAGAGCCCCGUACCGCGCCUGCAUUUGCCGCUCUCCUCCUCCUACCCCCACUUCUUCUGUUUUGUUUGAUUCCCUUAACGCUGGUCUCCAUUCUCGCGUUUUACCUGGCUCUGUCUGCCUCGGUGAUCUUAUACCGAAUCUCGCCUUUUCAUCCACUCGCAUCCUAUCCCGGGCCAUUCAUAGCCCGCAUUUCGAAACUAUGGCUGGCUGCGAUCGCGAUGAGCGGCAAACAGCAUGUCUAUUACCGCGACCUCCAUCGACGUUAUGGCGAUGUCGUUAGAGUUGGUCCUAAUGAACUGUCAUUUGCCAGCACAUCCGCCAUAACACCGAUGCUUGGGACAAAGGGCAUGCCCAAAUCAUCAUGGUGGGAUGGGCGCAUGCCAGAAAACAAGAAUGUGCGAUCCUUACUGGCUCUUCGGGACCCUGAAGAGCACAGCCGGCGACGACGUAUCUGGAACAGAGCCUUCAGCACUAUUGCACUCAAGGAAUAUGACUCUGUUGUUCGCAACCGUCUUGCACAGCUUGGAGAGGCUCUCAACGAAAACUGUGGAAAGACAGUUGACUUGUCUCAAUGGUUGGGUCGUUUCACGUACGAUGUAAUGAAUGACAUCGUAUUUGGUGGUGGUGUGGAGCUGAUGCGGGAUGGCGACAAGGAUGGACUGUAUGCUAUGUUUGAAGCCUUUCUUCCGAUGGCUCUGCUCAUGGGACAUCUCCCUUGGCUGGGCGAACUGACAACCUGGAUUCCCGGCUUUGCUCGAGGUGUCAAGAAGUUCAGGGCAUUUGCUAUCAGCUGUGCGAUUGGGCGAAAGACUCAUGGGUCACCCCGAAAAGAUAUUUUUUAUCACCUGAUCGACGAAGCUGGCUUGGAAUCAGAGCCUCCUUCUCUCGCACAAGUUAUAUCCGACAGCUCACCUGCUAUCGCUGCGGGUGCUGAGACAACCUCGACAGCCCUUUCUAAUCUAUUCUGGCUACUUCUAUGCAAUCCCCUCACGUAUUCACGACUACAAGCCGAACUCAACUCGGUUCAUGAAGAUCUUUUAGACUGCGAAACGCAGAAACGAAUGGUUUACUUAAACGCCUGCAUAAAUGAAACAUUACGAUUAUAUCCUGGUGUUCUGUCUGGAAGUGAACGGGCACCUCUUAUCGGAAGCGGAGGUCAUGCGAUUGGAUCCCAUUUUGUACCUGAGGGGACUGGUGCCGUGGUUCAUUCAUAUACUCUGCAACGCGACCCACGAUACUUCUCACCUUCUCCCGACUCCUUCAUUCCGGAACGGUGGCUUUCGAUCGAAGAACAACGUGGACUGAAGCCGGCUGUUUUCAAAAGCACCGACGAAAUCAUCCACGACCAGUUCGCCUUCAUACCUUUCUCCUUUGGACCCGCCAAUUGCGCGGGUAAGCAAUUAGCUUACCAGCAAAUGCGCAUGGUCAUCUGCACUUUGAUGUCUCGGUUUGAACUUCGUUUCGAAGACGGUUAUGACGCUAGACUUUGGGAGGACAACUUGUGCGACUACUUUAUUGCUCGCAAGGGAGAAUUACCUGUUGUGUUGUCUCAUCGGCAAUGA